AUGAAUAAUCGCUCCAUCGCCUGGUGGCUGAGACAGAUCGGCCUGCCCCAGUACACCAAGACGCUAGAAAGUGAAUACUAUGGUCUUGAGGGUUUGAUGAAUGUAACUGACGUAGAGCUGAGGGAAGCAGGGGUCGAGGAUGCCACACACCGAGAAACCAUCAUCAACCAGCUUUUAAGACACAGACAGAGACUGGACCCGUGCUCUGGUGACACACACACACACCGGUGGGGGUGCUCUGUGCAGGUCCGGGAGCGCAGGGUGAGCAGAAAGUACUCCCUGGGAUCGUCCAUGGACCUGCCGGGGAAGGAUCUUUUCCGUCACAGUGUUCUACCCCGCCUCCAACGUGCCGACAAGAAGCACCGCCUGUCCGCCUCCUGCUCGCAGCUCCGCCCGCUGAAUGAGGACAACGCUCAGAUCAGUGAGAGGGACAGCAAAAGCAGCAAGCGGAGGAGUGUCAGUGCAUACUUCAGCCAGCUGAAGGUUUUCGGUGGUCGGAGAGAGAUGGACUCGUUGAAGAAGGAGCUGGAGGAGGAGUUGAAGCUCAGCGCCGAGGACCUGAGGAGCCAUGCGUGGUUCCAUGGACAACUGACCCGAGAGGCUGCAGAGUCUCUGUUUGGGAGGGACGGAGACUUCCUGGUCCGGGACUCGAGCUCCUCCCCCGGCGACUAUGUUCUGAGCUGCCUUUGGAAGAACGGGCCGAUGCACUUUAAGAUCAUACGAGUGGUUCUUCGCCCCAAACAGGGCUACGCUCGGGAGCUGUUCCAGUUCGAGGAGGAUCGCUUUGACAAUGUUCCCGCUCUGAUCCGGUUCUAUGUGGGCGGCCGGCGGCCCAUCUCCCAGGCCUCGGGCGCGGUGAUCUUUCAGCCAAUCACGCGGACGCUUCCUUUGCGUGUCAUCAAUGAGCAGAACGCGGACGACCAAAGCAUCAGCGGCAGCAGCAGAGGUGCCGGGCGCGAGAAGAACAGUGAACCCAACAAAAGACGCAGUUUCAGCUCCACGCAUGCCGACACACUGCAUCUCAUCAAUCCUCUGUUAAGGACAGGAAGUCAGCCUGCGAACCUAGAGAAUGUGGGACGGAAGCCUUUUCUUCAGUCGGCCCAGUCCGACAGCAACCUGCGAACUGGUGUUCCACAGACCACUCAGUCAGAGGACCACCACCCCGCCCCCAUCUCCCCUGUGUUUCGCACCGGCAGCGAACCUCUGCUGAGCCCCCGACCACGAAACACACGCCCGUCCCAUCCGGGUGGUGGUGUCACUUUACGGGGCUCAGACGGACAGCUGCACCCCCGAGCUCCUCCCAAACCUCAUCGAUUCUCCACUGUCUUUGCCAACGCUACGCCUCCUCCACCUCCACCCUCAGACUCGGACGAAGACUAUUCUGCUUUAUACACUGAGCUGGUCAUCCAGGUGCCACUGUCCCAAAGUAAAGGCCACGUGGACAGACUACGUGCGGAGGAGAAGUGGCAGAGCCGCGCCCGCCUCACAGAAACUUCCUUCGGCUUCCUGGAGGCCCAGAAGGACGAGGAAUCGCCACAGCCACUGUUUGACGGAGAGCUGCAGAAGACGGCAGCAGAGGGAGGGGAGGACUGGCAUUUUGAACGACCACAUAUUGAGUCGGAGUCAAGUUUCCAGUUGGAUAAGUUCGAGUCGCUGCUGUUACCAGAGAACAACCGACCUCUGGAGCCGAGCAUCCUGCUGUCGCUCAAAGAACUCUUCAACCGCUCCGACGCCAACACCACCGCUCUGCACAUCCUCAGCGUCGACUGCCAGGUAGCGCGGAUCGUUGGCGUGACGGACGAGCAGAAGAGGCUCAUGGGAGUUGAGUCGGGGCUGGAGCUGGUCACUCUGCCACACGGACACCAGCUACGACAGGACCUGCUAGAAAGACAUCAUCUAAUCGCACUGGGAGUCGCAGUGGACAUCCUGGGCUGCACAGGAACCGUGAGCCAAAGGGCAACUGUGUUACAUAAAUUAAUCUCAUUGGCUCAGGCGCUGAAAGAUCACACCCACAACCUUUACUCCUUCUCUGCCGUGAUGAAGGCUCUGGAGAUGCCUCAGAUCGAGCGCCUGGAGAUGACGUGGCGAGGGCUGCGGAGGAACCACACAGAGAGCGCCAUCUUAUUUGAGAAGAAACUCAAGCCCUUCAUGAACUCGCUGAACGAGGGAGACGACUCUGUGGUUCAGGGCCCGAUCGCCGUGCCACACCUGGUUCCUCUGCUGAUGACGAUGGAGGGCGAGGACCCGGUCGAGGACAGCGACAGGGGCUGUGAGCUCCUCUUCGAUGUUCUCCAAUCGGCUCGCAGCGCUGCACUACAUGCAAAAGACUAUCAGAAGCACGCACACGCUCUGCUCACAGGAGACUGGGAGCCGGUCCCCGAGCUGCUGGAGGUUUUCCGGACGGAGUUCGCCCUGCGCCUGCUCUGGGGUCUGUCGGGGGCGACCGCCGGCAGAGAGGAGCGCUACGAGAAGUUUGACAAAAUCCUCUGUGUUCUCUCGGAUAAACUGGAGCCCGUGGAGAUCACUCCACUAGACCCCGACACUUUAACCUGAUCCCACAGGCGCCUGCUUCACUGGGUGAAAGGGGACAUCAGCAUCCAAAGACAAAAAGAUGCUGUGUGUGUUUUGUGUGAAGAUCUGACCUUUGACGUCACACACACACGUAAAGGGAGAAGUUAUUUUUUCCUUCACUGGCUGAGAUGUGACAAAUUUUGUAAAAAAAUAAUAACUGUGUGGACUGACUUUACUGUGAAAAGGACUUUGCUUGAUCCAUUUUCCUUUUGCAGGAAAUCUGACAUUGUUGACCCCAAAAAUAUCUGUUUACUAUUCCAAAUAUGCAUUUCUGACACUCGGAUACUUGAGGCUCCAAUGGACACAGCACGGACAUUAUUAAAACUGAGUUCAGGAACUGCAGCUCUGUGGAACCACACUGGAAAUAGUCUUUUUUUUCACAGAUGACGCAAUAAAUGAAUGUUUACUUUUAGUCAUAUUUCAAUUUUUACAUGUUGCAUUUCCCAUAAAUGACAAGAAACAG